AUGGCAGUUGAAAUCAAGUCGUUUGAAGUAUCCGAUCCAUUGAAUGCUAGUUUAGCAGGUUUUGCAGAGAUCAAUAAGAAUCUCACUUUAAUACCAAAGGAAAAGGUGUUCUUCAGAACCACUGAAAAGGAUAAGGUUGCCCUUGUGUCUGGUGGUGGUAGUGGUCAUGAGCCUGCACAUGCUGGUUUUGUUGGGAAGGGAUGUUUGAGCGCUGCGGUAUGUGGUGAUAUAUUUGCGUCACCUUCCACCAAGCAGAUUUUGAAUGCUAUCAAGGUUGUUGCUCAGAACAGCAAGGGUGUGGUUUUGAUUGUGAAGAACUAUACCGGUGAUGUUCUACACUUUGGCUUGGCCGCUGAACGUGCUAGAGCGCUUGGUAUUGACUGUUCUGUGGUUGUUGUUGGCGAUGACGUUGCUGUUGGAAGAAAUAAGGGAGGAUUGGUUGGUAGAAGGGCUUUGGCUGGAACUGUGUUGGUACAUAAGAUGGUUGGAGCAUUUACUGAAAAGUAUUCUGCCAGGUAUGGUGUGGAAGGUGUGGUUAAAGUUGCGCAUGCCAUCAACGAAAACCUCGUUACCAUUGGGUCGUCGUUAGAUCAUUGCAAAGUUCCGGGCAGAAAGUUCGAGACCGAGUUGAACGGCAAACAGAUGGAAGUGGGUAUGGGUAUUCACAAUGAACCAGGGGUUCAGGUCUUGGAUUCCAUUCCUUCGGUAGAAGAGUUGGUUGAAAAGCACAUGUUGCCCAAGCUCUUAGAUCCUAAAGAUAAAGACAGGCACUUUGUUGAGUUUGAUGAUAGUGAUGAGGUCGUGUUGCUAAUCAACAACUUAGGGGGUGUCUCUAACUUUAUUCUCACCGCUAUCGUUGAUGUUACCAGGAAAUAUCUAAAGGACAACUACAAAAUUGUUCCAGUUGAAACUGUUUGUGGUACAGUGAUGACCUCUUUCAAUGGUAAUGGUUUUAGCAUUACCUUAUUCAACGCUUCAAGGGCAUCUGCAACCAUAAAGAAAGAAAUCAAAGAAAUCGAUUCCGUUCUUGAGUUGUUGCGGGAACCAACUGAUGCUCCUGGUUGGCCUGUGAAAGAACCUGAAGUUAAGAAAGCUCCUUCCUUUGACGAGUCAUUGCUAGAAGAUGUCAUCGACGUGCAGAAAGCGGGAGCCUACGAUUUUGCUAAGGUGUCGGAACUAUUGAAGGCUGGUGCUGAACAAUUGGUGAAAAGCGAGCCCCAUAUCACUCAUUUAGACAACCAGGUCGGAGAUGGUGACUGUGGGUACACCCUAGUUGCUGGUGCCAAGGCAAUCACCGAAAAUCUAAACUCAGUCUCUUCAAAAUACCUUUCCCAAACUCUAGCAGAAUUUUCGGACCACAUUGAGUCCGCUAUGGGUGGUACAUCUGGUGGAUUAUACUCCAUCUUUAUAUCGGGUCUCUCUAAGGGAAUCAUUGAGGAGUGCGGUGAUGACAAUGAUGCCCAAGUUGAUAAGCAGAAAUUUGGCCGCGCUUUACAAACAGCCUACGACACAUUAUGUAAGUAUACAAGAGCCAGACCCGGUGACUCGACAAUGAUUGAUGCUUUGGAACCAUUUGUGAAGGAGUUCUCCUCGUCACAUGAUUUCCACCAGGCAUUCUUGAAGGCAGAAAAGGGUGCAAAGUCAACGGGGAACCUUGAAGCUAAGUUUGGUCGUGCAUCAUACGUAGAAGAUACGGAAGCAAUUCCAGAUCCAGGUGCCGUUGGUCUAGUAGAGUUUUUGAAGGGUGUGGAUUCAAAGCUCAACUAG